AGCUGACACUACUAGCGCUGUUCGGUCAGAGAAAGCAAUGAUUUUACCCAUGAGGACUUUUGGCAGUUGCUUAGCGCUCAACGCUCCAAUUUAGAGACUGCAGUAAGAUAUAUAUACAUAUAUACAUAUGUUUUACGUUCUCUGGAGUUGUAUUGUGUCAAAAACAGCUGUUUUGUGGCAUUUUGUCGAUAACCUAGUGGAAAGAAAAUUAUUUACUACCUGCAAUUUAUCCAUUUCAUACCUGUUCCAUACAAAGGAUUUAUACAGAGGACAGACAAAUCACUAUGGCUGACACGGAAGAUAACUCUAUAACAGAAAAAGACAAUUCUAAGAUUUGUAUUCUCUUAAAUGCCACUGGGAAUGUUCCAAUCAUAAAAAAACGAAAAUGGACGGUAGAUCCUCACAAAACUGUGAGCUGGAUACAAAAGUUUAUACAUCAAUACCUCAAAUUAGAUGCUAGUGAGCAAAUAUUUUUAUAUGUGAAUCAAACCUUUGCUCCUGCUCCAGAUCAAAUUAUCAAAAAUCUGUACGAAUGUCAUGGAACUAACGGCAAACUUGUUCUGUAUUAUUGCAAGAAUCAAGCUUGGGGUUGAUUGGUCAACAUACGUAGCUGAAAUGCGUCAAAUAGAAUAAGAUUAAAUUAAAUUAUUGAUUAAGUGCAUAUGCCAUUCAUUAUGAUUUUAUAUACAUACAUACGUAUGUACAGACGUUUCUAAUCGCCUAAUAAUUCCAAGAAAAUUGUUUCUUUUCUGAACAG